AUGUCAUAUAACUCUGGGUUUCAAAAUAGAUAAUAACUACAGUAAUACGAACAACUAUUAUAAUUGCUUCUUGUCACCUUAAACAAGAGAUUGGUCAAAUUUUAUUCAAAUGAAGAUUGUGAUGAAUUCGCAUUUCGUAAUAUUUUUCAGAGAAUCAUGUCUGGCAUGAAAUCAUUAGAGAAAUAGUAUAUAUUAAUGACUUAAUCAAAUAGAAAAUUUAUGCCACCUCGAUUUAGUGAGACAGUUAGAAAUUUAUUUGACCUUUUGAAAUUAGAAGAACAGCAUGAAGUAUCAAAACAUCUAUUUAGAGUGAAAGGUUAUACAUGA